AUGAUACCUGUAAUUGGGGUGCCACCAGCAGCAAAUGCUCAAAAAAAUCCGGUCCAAAAUCAGCAAAAACCACCGAAACGAGCAUCGAAAAUCAAAGCCGCGGCGAGUAUACCUAAGAAAGUAGUAAAGCAACAAAAGGAAAAGUCAGAUCCAGUGUUGGAUAAUAUUAUUACAUUAAAAACCUCGACUGGAAUGCCGAAAAGUGAUAAUGGAACGUUUGCGAAGAGGGAGGGCGAGAAAUUGACAGCAUACGAGAAAAAGGCUUUAGAAUUAUGGUUGAAUUCUAAUAAACUUCUCGACCCAAAUGCCACCGACAGACAGAAGAAAAAGCAUCUCUUUCGGCAUCGUCUCAUUUGGCUUCUCAACAAACCUUUUAUGAUGAGGAAUACGAAAAAUGGAGAAUUUUCGAGCAUAUUGAUUCAAAAAAUGAAAGAAGCCGUGGAGAAGAUAGAGAAGAAAUCUACUGAAAACGCUGUGAAAAACGAGGAAAAAUCAGUGGAACCGAAAAUUGCAAAAUUGAUGGAUAAAAGUUAUGAAAGUGAUAAUGAUGAUAAAGAUUAUCAACGAAUUCAAGAAAUGGGGAAUUCCUACGGAGAUUCGUUGACACCAAUGGAAUAUCAGUUUUUGAAGGAUGAUUGGAUCGAAUCUCAAAAACCGUGGAAAAAGCUCGAGGUAAAGGCUUCUCCAGACAUGUUAUCUCCAGCUAUGAUGAGUCAAUGGCAAGCCCCGCCCACUUCACAAAUGAUGCCACUUCAGUAUCAAGCUAUGGGGUCUGCAUAUGGAACAUCACAAUCCCCAUUUCCCUAUCCUACGAAUUCCACAUUUUUUGCUCCUCCAGCUGCUCCUCAACCUACAUUUUCAACCCCUUCCGCUCCUUCAAUGGCUCCGACGGUUCCUGUAACUCCACCAUCUACUGAUUUCUACGGAGCUCCUGAGCCUGGCUACGUGAGCCAGUAUCGACAGGCUUUUCCAGCUACAUCUCCACCAGUCGACAUGACCCAAAACUUCUCGAUUCCUCAACAACCCAGCUAUGAUCAAUUCUCAACGUCAUCUGCUCGUCUAGAAGCUUCUGAAGAAGAGCUGAUCCGUCAGAAACGUCUUCUGGAGAUUGAGGAAGAGCUGUGUAGAAUCAAUGCGAAGAAGGUACAGAUGCAGAUGGAAGAAGAGAUCCGGAUGAGGGAGUAUGAGUUGGCGAUGAAGCAGAAGAGCAUGAUUGAAAAGGAACGACAGUUGAGAGAUUAUGAAGACAGACGAUCUGUUGAGAGAGACUAUGAGAGCAGUAGCUCACGCAACCGUCGUUCAUCGUCUCCACCUUCUCGUCACUAUUCCUCAUCGUCUUCUUCCCGCCACCGCGACGACUAUUACGACUCCUACCACCGCCGAUCCUCUGACCGUCAACGAGACACUUAUUUGACUUCUUCUUCUUCCGCAAACCCACGUGGCAGCUAUGAGAUAGGCAUCCCGGACAACGGAGGACGCCGCCUCGGAGGACAACUUCAACAGCGGCAGCAACAAAAACGAGACGAGAUGAUGGGGAUGUUGCCAAGGGGAGAAGAAGAUCACUACGGCUCAUUGAAGCGAUCGGCUGAUGGCGGAAGUCAUCGAGAAAGUCACAAUGGAAAUCGAUCUACGAUGAACCAUUCGCCAGCAAAAAGGCAAAGAACACGUACCAGGAAGCGCUCGGACCGAGGAGAAGUGCAAAUGGAAGCGAUAAGUGAUGAGGAAUAG